AUGUCCGAAAGCCUUCGUGACCUCUUCCAACUGCUCAAGGAAAGUUUAGCGAGAGAUGAGAAGAUGUCAGAAGAGAUUCGUGUUAUCUACCAGGACGAAGAGAUCUCCCAGGUUCCCAAGGAGCAAGUGAAGCCGAACAUGAGCCUCGAGGAACUUGUUGCAGCUCUCAAGGAGUGUAUGGAAGACUCAAUUGCUGCUAUCGACAACAGCAUUGAUGCGGGAUGCAAGAUGAGUGUUAAGGUGAAAACGGUGGUCAAACGUUUUUGGAUUUAA